ACUGGUGCUAAUAGCAGCAAAAGCAGCAGCAAUGCCAACAACGUGUCUGGAUGUGGAUUCGCUGCAGCGAUUAGAGGUCUUGAGUGCAGUGCGGAGACUGCCCAAGUGUUGCAGAAGUACUUAAAACGCCUCAGCCGUCGCGUGUCUGAGGAGGUGGUGCCUUUGCUGCGGGGAUGGUUGCACGGGGCGUUGGACUGCUGUGACCUCUCUGCCGCCUGCAAGCUGCAUGCACACUUGUUGCUGACCACCAAAGAUGUUUUGUGGGAGGAUCUCACCUGCAAAACGGUCUCCGAGAUCGUCUCUUCCAUGUUCUUUCUCUUCGCUCAUCACGCAUUCGCAGGGAGCCUCACAAGUCCCCUCCUGUUGCAGCAGCAUGCAGGCUUGCGCGGCGUCAACAGCGGCAGCGCGGCUUCUGCAGCAACGCGAAGCGGACUGCCCCCGGCAGCAGCAGCAGCAGACGGACCAGCAGCAGCCGGAGUAAGGGAUGGGGGUGCUGCUGCAGGAGCAGCAGCAGCAGGAGGAGCAGCAGCAGGAGCAGCAGGAGCCGCAGCGGCUGCUGGAGAGGCCCUGGGUGUUUCCGACGCGGAGAUCUUCCAGCUGCUGCAGCAGCACCGCUUGAAGCUCAUUCGGUGGCUCGACAUCCACGCAGACGCAGCAGGAGGAGUGCUGGAGUCGGCUAUUCAGGCAGUUACCUUCGCGGGCAGCCGUAUGAGCGCUGCACGGGCUGCAGCAGCAGCAGCAGCCUCUGCAGCGGCAGCAGCAGCUGCUGAAGGGCACGACUCUGCGGCAGCUGCGUUGGCGGCGUGUGCUGCGGCAGCUAAUGCGCUUGGAGUUGCAGGCAGUACAGCGAUUUCCAACAGCAGCAGCUGCCCUGCCCUGACUGCGCCGGCUGCGCUUCUUCCGGCAGCCCCCUCCCCGAAGGCAGCUGCUACAACAGCAUCAUCAUCGUCAUCAACCCUCGCAGCAGCAACUCCAGAAAAGGCGGUUGGGACCAGAAGAUGGCGAGCCGUAGGGGGUCUUGGAGUGUCGGGGCGUUACAUUCCUGCAGCAGCAGCGACAUCUGCAGUGGGCGGCAGCAGCGGAUUGCACCAGGAUGCAGCUGCGGAGGCUUCUGCCUCUUCUAGGGGAUCCAUGGAGCUCGAUGAGCAGCAGCAGGAGCAACAGAAGGCUGGGGGGGGGGUGGGGUUACUGCGCGGCGCAGUUGUUGCAGUGCACGCAGCUAUGAAGCGCAGCACGAUGCGGCUUCUGGGGGGAGAAGCACCGCCCCCUCUAGCCGCAGCUGGGCAAGCCACCACUUACGCGGCGGCUCUCAAAGCCUCCCUCGCUAUGGAGUCUGAGGUUCAGGCAAAUCUUCAAACAGCCGAGUUGUCUCUGCGGCAAAAUCACAUGCAGCUGCUGGGGGCCUGGGUUAAUAGUUUUUCUGACUUUUUGCGUCUCUUUGGCGUUGUUAGCCACAUGUCUCCGAUCCAGACGGCCGUUGUUGAGGAAACGCAGGAGCGCCUUUGGGUCCGACUGCUUGGCCUCGACCACGACCUUGUUCGUUGGUCUCCGUGUCCAGCCUUCUUCUCCGGGAGUGACGCCUUGCAGAGCGCCUUCCCCCGUGAAUAUCGUGUGGGAAGCAGCAGCUGCUUUGAAGCCGAAGAGGCGUGGGUGGCUCCGCAUGCCGAGGCCUUCUUCAGCAGUCACUUUGUGGGAUCGCAGGUGUACAUCCAGCGUGCUCCAAGACUCAGGGGUCUUCAGGCUGCCCAGCAACUCUUUGGAGACUGGACUCGUGGCGUCUCGCGCAAAGCAGCUCAUGCAGCCGCUGCUGUGGCAGCUGCCACGGGAGCAGCAGCGUCCCCCUCUGCGGCAGCGUCUUUGCCUGCAGUGCAGGGGUCCGUGGGGAAGGGGAAAGAGAGCUCUCCCGUCCUUCGCGAGAAGGGAGCUGCCGUGAGCAGCUAUAGUGGCCAUAACAGCAGCCUCGACAGCUGUACCUGCAUGAUGCGCUUCUGCGUGUGGGUGCCCGAUGCAUCUCGGAUGGAGGCGAACGAUCUCAGGGAGUGGCUCCCCGUAGAGGCCGCUGGUCCUGUGGAGUUUCAAGCGCUAGCUGAGGCUUUUGAGGCUCAGGCAGCUCGCCGACCAGAAGGGCCAACUGUUUGUGUGCAUUGCUGCUGUCCUCGUUGCUAUGCCUCAGCUGCUCUGUUGACCAGCGGAGUUGCAGCCGCUGCUGCGGCUGCAGCUGCCGUGUCUGGCGGGGCAGCCGCUUCCGCAGAGGCUGGCAGCGAGAAGGCCCCUUUGGUGUUGAAGGAGGUUCUUUUCGUGCGGAGUCCUCCAGGUGUAUUCGUGUUUGAUUUGGUGGAAAGCGGUCGCCAGGUAUUCCGGCAGUUGUGCUUCUCUUCUCGUUUAAGGACGUCUUUUGAUUGCUCGCCUACGAAGCGGCUGGGCCCCCCCGUAGGGGCCUCGUCUUCAGAGGCCCCCGAGCUCGCCGCGGGAUCGAUCUACGCAGUUCCCGAUCUCGGCUUAGCCUCGGAGGAGGAAAUCGCAACUGCUGCUGCAGCGGCAGCAGCUGCUGCCGCUGGGGAGGAGGGCGCAGGCGGAGCAGUUGCCGCAACAGCAGCAGCAGUGGCGAGCGACAUGGCCUUGCACGCCGUUCCCGGUCUGGAAGCCAAAGGCCUCUACAGCUCCUCCCUCGUAAUUGCCCGACGCAGGGGCACAGGAGGCUCUCGAGAAGUUUUUGUGCCUUCAAGACAUCUCAGGGGUCUUCUGCCCUACUGUUUGCUGGAGGACUUUGAAUUUUGGGUUUGUGACGAGUUGUCUCUACUUACCGGAUACCAGCGAGCCCGUGCGGCGGAGCGCAUGCUGACUCCCUAUCGUCUGUACAUACACCUCAUCCACACGGCCGAGGGGCCUGGCCUGGCAGCAGAGGCGAGUGCAGUGAUCCGCCGGGUGCCUCUAAAGACACGCAACGAAGCUCCCAAAACAGCAGCAGCAGCAACGGCAGCAGGAGGAACGCGAGCCUUCCCUCACAGUGCUACCGGCAGCAGCACCAAGAGUUUCGAGAAGGAAGAAGAAGACCUUUCAGCUCCAGCGCAGACGCUUGUAAACCUGAUGCUGGCCCCUGACCAGUCGCCUCUAGGCCACCUCAGAGACAGUCUCCUGAGGGUAGAGGCCUUAAGCCACAUCCUCGUGUGGACGCAAAGCGCGCGCAUGCCGCAGGGGCCCCAAGACGUGGAAGCCUUAAGCUGCGAUGAAGGCAACGUCGACGCCAUUGAGCUACCCAGGCUUGGCGUCUCCUUCAAGGCCGUGCGGCUGCCGCAGCGAGUAACGCCCUCUACCCAGCAGGGGCAGCAGACACCCCAGGUGAAAUUCGUCUGUGAGCAGCACGCCGGCCUCUUUCUAGCGUCUGGAAACAUCUUACGAUCUUCGUUAGCCUCGCGAGUGCUGCAAGGUCUCCAACCCUCGCUGCUGCUAUCCAAUGACGAGGGGGAGCUGUUUCUCCUGAUCGCCGCAUCGAAUAAGCCUCUACGCGUUCUGCGCAAUCCCUUCGCAAGGGAUGUGCUCUUGACGCCUCAGCAGCUCCAGGCCAGCUCCUCCAGCGCGUCCCCUAGAGCUGCAGCAGCAGCAGCAGCUGCUGCUGCUGUAAAUGCUUUCAACCCUUGGGCAGCCGCUGAGAGGCAGCGGGAAGUCGACGAACGGCUGCUGCUGCAGACGGACUUGGUGCUCGAUAUUGCUUCCCCCGAAGUGGUUUUUGACCCGUCCGACAGCAGCUGGAUUUCGGCGUUUCCGGGGUCUCGACACUAUUUGUGUAGCCUUCACGCGUCUCGUUCUUUCUUGUUCAUUCCAACCGUCGCCUCCGGACUGUAUGUGCUGCUGCUUCGGUAUCUUAGCCGGCAGUUUGAGGCCUUCUGCUCCAUGGCGGACUCUUUGUCUCUCUCGGAGACGGAUGGCAGCAGCGGCAGCAGUCACUGCAGCAGCAGCGGUAGCAGCGGAGGCAAGGAGAGUGCGGCGGCUGUCAGAGGGCUAGGAGAGGAAGGCGAGAUAUGGAGGCACAUCAACAGCCUGAUGGGUAGAUACUCCGAUCCGCAUCCCGACGCUGUAGCAUCGCGUCUUCGCUUGUGGCUAGCGGCGAAUCGUCAGGGUUUAACAGCGCAACCAACGGGGGGCCAGGCUGCGGGGGACGUGCAACAACACCAAGAUCAUCAUCAGCAGCAGCGAGAAAGCAGCCACGGCAGCAGCAAGCCGCACGGCAGCAGUAUCAGCAGUAGCAGUACCAGCAGCAGCAGCAGCAGCAGUAGCAGCAGUCGUUACCGUGGCAGCCAGUGGAAGAAACGGUUUGGUAGCCUCUUAGGCCUGUCUUGGGGAUCUGAGAGAUCUGCUGAGGGGUUGAUGUUGGAUACACCAGCGACGGGAGCAGGCAGAAGGGUCUUCCGCAUAGACACCUCAUGGCCGCUAAUGCAGGAUGUUCUUGCCUACGUCAGGAGGCAGCGAUUCGUUUCCGCAGCCUGUCGUCUUCCUCUUGCAGAGGAGCUCGAGCUGCUCAGACUUUGCAACACAGCUAACCAGGCCCUGCCAGAAAUCACCAACCGGCAGACGAUCGUGGAAGCCUUGCUGCAGCAGCAGCACGGCCCCCCCCCGUCCGACGCUCCAAGCGCUGCGCGAAUCCAAGAGGAACCUCUCAUCGGGAUCCCUGCCAGAAGCGGCUCCGAGGAAAAAGAAUCUCGUCUCCGCCUUCUCUUCUCGCUGGAUGGCGUGCAGGCUGUGCGCACUGUGUGCCCCUCGCGGCCGCAUAUCGAGGAUUUUGACGCAAGCGACGCCUCCGCAGCGCUCACGCCACUCACCUGCCUCUCAGCGCUCACCGACGCUUGCGGAGGCUCGAUGGUUUAUAGGCGGCCAGACGAGGAGCUCCUCAGAGGGGCGGAAGGCCUCGAAUUCGUCGGAAAGACUCUCGAUCGAGGCGUCAAAAUCUCCGACUUCAUGCUGCUCUACGAGCUCCUCACGGAUGCGCUGCCCCUCAGAGUAGCUCCCGGGGAGGCUCCCAGGCUGUGGGGGGCCCUGCUGCUGCGGUGUCUUCCGUCGUGGGAUCUUCGAAACAAGGGCCGUCUCCUCUCCAUCCUGCGGCUGCUGCUUGCGAAUCCACAUCUAACCGGCAGCUUUCCUCAGCUGCACGAAGAAAAAAAGUCUAGGCUACCCCUAGGCCUCGCUUUCCGCUCCCCAGAACCCCUGCAGCACUUCUUCAAAGACAUAAGUCAGGCACUACUCACGCUGCGAGAGACAGCGCAGCUGCGGCUACCAGCCGUCGCCCCCGAAGGUCUCCUGGGAUCGAUCCCAGACUCGACGGCUGUAUUUGGUUCCUCUCAUUGGACGCGGCGCUUCCUCACGUCUUCCAGGAUCACAGACUUCGCGUGCGAGGCUCGUCUGCUGCUGCCUUUUGACGGGGCAGAGUAUGUAGACGUCAUGGAGGCAGCCGCAGCACAGGCAGUUGUUGCUGCUGAUGCAAGCGGCAGCAGCAGCAGCAACAAACAGGCGCAGGCGGAGCAGCUGCAGGAAGUGCGUGCUGCAGCUGCAGCAGCGGCAAGAGAAGUGGUGGUGGACUGCGAGUUGCUGCGGGCACUCAUGAGAAAACCACUGGAGGAAAUCGCGGAGGGCCCCUUGCUGACUUUUGAUGCAGCAGGAGACGAUGAGGAGGGGCUGCAAGGCACCCUUCCAUUUGACCUUUCCCUUCAUCCUAUUUCUGGAACGGCAAUUGGGAAAAAUACCAUCCAGCGGCUCAAGCACGAAGUUGCGGCGCAUGCUAAGCAGCAGCAGGAAGCGUCUCAGAGGCUAUGCCUCGCAGGAUAUCGGCGCGAGGAGAUCGCAGAUCUGCUGCUCUCUCCCUCGUGCCUCUCCUCACGAGUCUCGGACUUGUCGGGCUUGCGGCAGCGACUGUUGCAGUGCUUUUUGAGGGAUGGCAAGUUUGUGGAAAGAGGCAUUCGGCUGCUGCAGGCUCUAGCGACGCACGUGAAGGGCCUCGACGAGGCAGCUCCUGCUGAGCACCGGCAGCAGAGUCACCAGGAUCAGCAAGAGUUGCUUUUAGCAGCCUUGAAACAGCAAGAGGAAAUAGACAAGAAUGAUCUCUCGCGCUGGAGAGUGCGAUGCAUGCAGUGGGCUUACGCUUUGGGGAGAGCUGCUGGAACUGAGGCCACUGUUUCCUUCGACUCUCUUGUGUCACUUUCCAUGUCGGCUAAUGCAGGAGAGGUUCUCCUUCUCCUCAACCCUUUCCUUACCCCAAAGAUGGUCAGAGACAUCCUCAGCCUCGUAGGCGCUGUCAUGCUGGCCGUGAAUCGUCGGUCUCAGAUCUGUCGCUGCCUCCAGGGAAUAGUUGAGCUGAUGCAGCUUUUGAAGACGUUUUCUUCUCGCGCUCGUGUGGCGGCCAGAGAGGGCAGUCAGCCGAAGCAGCAUCUGGAAGGUGGCGGAAGAGCAGUCGCAGCAGCACCGUCCGUCGCGACGAGCUCUGAAAUGCAGAAACUGCUGUCUCAGGCCAUACCCGCGCUGCACAUGAAGGCUCAGUCCGUUGCCGAGCAGAUCAGCAGCGAGCGACACUACAUGCAGGCAGUAGUUGCUGCACCAGGAGAUGCCGCAGCAGUGCUGGAGGAGUCUGGAUUGCCCCCCUCUGCAGUGCCUCCUGAGCGAGGCACCGUUCCCGGAGCUUCCUACGAUCCUCGCUACUUGGUCUUCGAAUUCGCCUAUGGCCUUCUACUGAGGCAGCCGCAGGUAGCGCUGCUGCGUCAGUUCCGAGACAGUGUGAAUGCUGGUCGAUCGCUCUGCCAUCAGAUGAUCAUGGGCUCUGGCAAGACUACUGUUGUUUCGCCCCUACUGGCCCUGUUGUUAGCCGACGGAAAACGCCUCGUCGUGUCUGUAGUUCCCCCUGCCCUCCUGCACUUCUCGCGUGCCUCUCUGCGAGAACGCUUCAGCGCAAUCUUCCAGAAGGGAGUCUUUGUUCUGUCGUUUGCCCGCACGGAUGCUGUCUCCGCCGCGCUGUAUUUGAAAUUGCUGCAAACGCGAGACAGCAGAGGCAUUGUCAUCACCACUCCGACAGCCAUCAAGUCCUUUCUCCUCAAAGCUCUCCAACUCAUGCACUUUCUGCAAGCUGCCAAUGCAGCCAACCCGACCAAGGGAACUCUUGCACAGAGCUUUCUCGCAGCUGAGAGCCUUGGUGCUUCCCACCUCAAAAAACUGCAGUCUCAACUCUCGAAGUUUCUCAGAAUGCCGAGGACUGGCUCAGGAACCACCCUCGGCGAGCUUGAGGACGGCUUUCCAAGUGCCUCCCCCCACACGAUGACGGAGCAACAGCUGCGCUCCUGCAGACGAGAGCUCGAUAUGGCCUUGCGCGUCCUCGAGCUGUUUAGGGCAGGCGUUCUGAUCAUCGACGAAGUCGACGAGGUGCUGCAGCCGCUCAAAAGCGAACUGCACUGGCCUCUAGGACAGAGGCAGCCCCUCGACUUCACUGCUCGCCAAGGCUUCUCCGCAUUUCCAGCUGCGACGUCACACCCCCCUUCGCAGAAGCAGCCGAAACACGCAGCAGGAGCAGCGGCAACGGCAGCCAUGGCAGCAGCAGCAGCAACGGCAGCAGCAACGGCAGCAGCAGGAGCACCCGAUGACGCCUCAGACCCUCUUAUCGCCGCUCGGCAAUGCGAGCAGCCCUUGCAGUGGCUUUUUGAGGAUGACGAAGGGAUGCGCUGGCAGCUUCCCUGGUUCCUUUUGGAUCCCCUUUUUUAUUUUCAGAGCGGCCAAACAACAAUUCCUUGCACGGGAACGGCGGAGAUGUGGAGGCUGCUGGGGCUUAUUAGGCAUGCGCUGCAACAAGGUAUCCGUCAGAGGGCACUGCAGCAGACUCCUCAUCUGCUGCUGCUCUCGCCAGUGUGGUAUCAAGACCACCUCAAACCCCUUCUCGCGCAGUGGCUGAGUCUUUUCUUUGCACUCAAGAAGUUGGCGGGAAUUUCUCACGACCAGCAGCAGCAGUACAUUGUAAGUGCGCAGCGACCCUUUCGGAAAGCUGCACGAAAACACUGUGGAGAGGCUUCCGGAAGUUCACCUCAAGACGUUGAAUCUGGCGAGGGAAUGGCUGUGCUCCUUGUUGCCACACGCCUUACAGAAAGUGAACAGAGUGCA